CAACAAGCGCAUCUGUUGACCUCUGAAGUCUGAACAUCGACGCAGCCUGCCAGUGCCAUCUUACCAAUCUGCUAUUAAUAUCUCUAUUAAGCACGUGAAUUUUCUCUCAGUUUUCUUUCAAUAGUAUCAUCUUUUGGAAAACCCUAGCUAUUUCCACCCGCUUCCCGAGGAUGGCUGGUGGCUCGGAUCCCAAAUCCUCCUUCGAUAAGCCUUCCUCCUCUGCUUCCCAGCGCAAAUCCCGUUGGGAAUCCUCCACUUUCACCGCCAAUAAUCCGUCGUCGGACUCCAAAUCCAACGACAAGAAACCAGCUAAACCCGCUUCGAAUUCAAAUCCUUCGCCUAAGCCCAACACAGGCCCAUCACCCAAGCCCACUUCCGCCGCUCUUCCGUCGGACCCAGCUUCUGCUCUGCCGGGACGCUCAUUCCCUUUGCCGGACCUGGGCCCGCCUCCUCCUCCCACCUACGGUUUUCACAUGCUAGAGCGUCGUACCAUUGUCCUCGCCGACGGUAGCGUCCGAUCUUACUUCGCUCUGCCCCCCGACUACCAAGACUUCCCUCCUCGUCCACCUCUACCCCCGCGGUUCCUUCCCAUGGGACCUACUCUCGACUUCCCCGGUGCUGUCAGUGGUCACCGCUUCCCUCCAAUGAGUCCUGAAGGGUUAGGCUUUCGCGAUAAUAAUCAAAAUCAUAACCCUUCUACGAAGAGGAAAUAUGAUGGCGGUGAGGAGGAAUUCAGGUUUGGGAAUAAGCCCAACGGGCUUUAUCCGGGACCUGAUUAUCGCGGUGAAUUUUUGGCGGGGACUAGCAGCCCUUUUAGGAGAAAUUUAAGUGAUGAAUCCAGAGCGGGAAAAUAUAUUAGGAUUGCAGGUGAUAGUGUAGGUGUUAUCAAUAAUCAUCUUGAAGUGGACCAGAAUAAACUAAAGAAGGCUUUUUUGCAUUUCACUAAGGUGAUUAAUGAGACUGAGGCGGAGAGAAACCGUUACUUGGAGGACGGGAAGCAGGGUCGCCUUCAGUGUUUGGCCUGUGGCAGGUCUUCUAAAGACUUCCCAGAUGUGCAUGCUCUUAUAAUGCACACUUACAAUUCAGAUAAUGCUGACUUGAAUGUGGAUCACUUGGGCUUACACAAAGCUCUCUGUGUUUUAAUGGGAUGGAACUACUCAAAGCCCCCUGAUAAUGCAAAGGUCUAUCAGUUCUUACCUGCUGAAGAAGCAGCAGCAAAUCAAGAUGAUUUGAUUAUGUGGCCCCCUUUGGUGAUAAUUCAUAACACAGUUACAGGAAAAGGGAAAGAUGGGCGCAUGGAAGGUUUGGGAAACAAAGAAAUGGAUAACAGAAUAAGAGAUCUUGGAUUUGCUAGUGGCAAGUCAAAGUCUUUGUAUGGAAGAGAUGGUCAUCUGGGCAUAACAAUUGUAAAGUUUAGUGGUGACCAGUUGGGCCUGAAAGAGGCUGUGCGGCUGGCAGAACACUUUGAGAAGGAAAAACAUGGGCGUAAGGCUUGGGGUUGCAUACAACCCAUCAAGAUAGGGAAGGAUGAUGAGAAAAAUCCAAACCUUGUGAAGGUAGAACGGAAUGGGGAGAAAAAAAGGAUUUUAUAUGGCUAUCUUGGAAUGGCUGUUGAUCUCUGCACGGUUGAUUUUGAAACAAGGAAGAAGGUUUCUAUUGAGAGCCAGAGGGAAUACAAAACAUCCAAGUAGAUGAAUUGGUUUGGUGACAAGUAACUCAUUUAUGAAUUCUGAUCUCUAGUUUCUUUUUUUUUUUUUUUUUUUUUUUGGGAUGUAAUGUAAGCUGAUUGCUAGUUGUGUCGGUGGUGGUGCUAAAUUUGUUAGUUGAUCUACAGACAAUUGUGAUAUACAAGAACUUGUAGUUUCAGGUCGAGUUAUAGAUUUUUUUUUCACUCUGUUGUUAGCCCAAGCAAUGCUCAGAUGUAAGUUGUCACUAUUUGUGCAAACUGUAUUAGCCAGCAUUGGUUGUGUAA